AUGAACACGACUCUGAUGAAGAUACUCUCUCAUGCCUACUUACGAAGAAGACAGACGCCCCAGAAGACCCCAGGUCCCCGGGGAAAGGCCUCGCCGCGAAACAAGGACGCUCCUGACGAAGAGGUCAUCACCAAGAGGUCACAGCCUCUUAAGGAAAUCCUGAAGUUGCACGAAUCAAAAGUGCAAGAACCGACAUCAGCAGAGGAGUCGCCUCGGCCAAAGCCAAAGCAGAAAUUGCGUGACAACUUCGAAGCAACAGUUGAACAGCAGGAGACUCGAGUGCACAAGACCUGGGACCUGGAGAGUGACCUGAGCACGAGGUCGCUCAACAUGAGGAAUAUCAUCGAGCGACACGAAACGAUCACGGCGGAGGAAGCGCCGAAACCGGAGAAGAAGUUGACUGGCAUCCUCAAGAAGACAUCCAGUUCCAACAUCCUUAUUACAGAUACACGGGCAGAAAAGACCACGCACGCCGAGUCCGCUGACGACAUCUUGGACACCCUGACGGAGGACCAGAUCGCCAAGCUCUCAGAGGAGUUCGACCUGCGAGCUCAAGAAGACGGGGUCAUCAAAACAAGGGAAUCAAUGGAGGAGCUAAGUACAGGAUACCGGGUUACCAGCACGACAGAAGUUGACCAUCCCGAAGGAGCCAAGUUCGAGAGGAAAACGUCCUACACUGAGAUCAAACUCCAGCAGCCCAGCAAGGAGGAGGUUGUCCCUGAUGUUUAUGUUGCUCCUUUUAUGGAACGUAUAAAACAAGAAAGAAAAUCCGAAGGUACCUCUGAAGACGAUCUCAGCGAUCAUGACGUUUCUGACGAGGACAAAAAGCCGAGAGACAGAGACAUAAUGACACUUAAGACACAAAAACUCACCGCUACACUACCAGUGAAGAGACCUUCAGGCGAAGAAGAGCCUUCUAAGAGGAAGCCAGGCAAGCCCGGAAGGCCAGGAGAGGAAGAGCCUGAGGACGUAAGGAGGAGACCAGGCAAGCCCGGAAGGCCAGGAGAAGAAGAGCCUGAUGACGUAAGGAGGAGACCAGGCAAGCCUGGAAGGCCAGGAGAGGAAGAGCCUGAUGACGUAAGGAGGAGACCAGGCAAGCCCGGAAGGCCAGGAGAGGAAGAGCCUGAUGACGUAAGGAGGAGACCAGGCAAGCCCGGAAGGCCAGGAGAGGAAGAGCCUGAUGACGUAAGGAGGAGACCAGGCAAGCCUGGAAGGCCAGGAGAGGAAGAGCCUGAUGACGUAAGGAGGAGACCAGGCCAGCCCGGAAGGCCAGGAGAGGAAGAGCCUGAUGACGUAAGGAGGAGACCAGGCAAGCCCGGAAGGCCAGGAGAGGAAGAGCCUGAUGACGUAAAGAGGAGGCCAGGCAAGCCCGGAAGGCCAGGAGAGGAAGAGCCUGAUGACGUAAGGAGGAGACCAGGCAAGCCUGGAAGGCCAGGAGAGGAAGAGCCUGAUGACGUAAGGAGGAGACCAGGUAAGCCUGGAAGGCCAGGAGAGGAAGAGCCUGAUGACGUAAGGAGGAGACCAGGCAAGCCCGGAAGGCCAGGAGAGGAAGAGCCUGAUGACGUAAGGAGGAGACCAGGCAAGCCUGGAAGGCCAGGAGAGGAAGAGCCUGAUGAUGUAAGGAGGAGACCAGGCAAGCCCGGAAGGCCAGGAGAGGAAGAGCCUGAUGAUGUGAAGAGGAGACCAGGCAAGCCCGGAAGGCCAGGAGAAGAAGAGCCUGAUGAUGUAAGGAGGAGACCAGGCAAGCCUGGAAGGCCAGGAGAAGAAGAGCCUGAUGAUGUAAGGAGGAGACCAGGCAAGCCUGGAAGGCCAGGAGAGGAAGAGCCUGAUGACGUAAGGAGGAGACCAGGCAAGCCUGGAAGGCCAGGAGAGGAAGAGCCUGAUGAUGUGAAGAGGAGACCAGGCAAGCCUGGAAGGCCAGGAGAGGAAGAGCCUGAUGACGUAAGGAGGAGACCAGGCAAGCUCGGAAGGCCAGGAGAGGAAGAGCCUGAUGACGUAGGCAGGAGACCAGGCAAGCCCGGAAGGCCAGGAGAGGAAGAGCCUGAUGACGUAAGGAGGAGACCAGGCAAGCCUGGAAGGCCAGGAGAGGAAGAGCCUGAUGACGUAAGGAGACCAGGCAAGCCUGGAAGGCCAGGAGAGGAAGAGCCUGAUGACGUAAGGAGGAGACCAGGCAAGCCCGGAAGGCCAGGAGAGGAAGAGCCUGAUGAUGUGAGGAAGAGACCAGGAAGGCCAGAUGAACCUGAUACAUAUGAGGAAACUGAGUUAUCUGUAACGAGAAGGGAAAUUUUAGAGAGAAAUGCAGUCCAAAAAUCAACAGUAAGUACUACUUUGAUGGCAAGAACAGAUGAAUCUGUGAUUAGCCAAAUCACCGAGUUCGAAGAACCUGAAGAUAUAAAGAGAAGACCAAGUAGGCCAGGGAAGCCUAGUAAACCAGAUGAUAAUGAACCUGUGGAUAGUAAAAGGAGACCAGGAAGGCCAGGAGAGGAGGAACCUGAAGAUGAAAGAAAACCAAGCAAACCUGAUGCCAUUACAAAGAGACCGGGCAGGCCAGAUGAGAAACCUGGGGAUAUUAGGAGGAGACCGAGCAAGCCAGGUGAGGAACCUGAAACUGACGAUAUUACGAAACGUUAUGACUUGACAACGUAUGACGACAUAUCUAGAACUGAAGUUGUACAGGAAACAUUAGUACAAAGAAGCAUUGAGGAAACAUCUUUCCGUAGCACAGUUGUAAGUGAGGCUGUUGUUUUGGAUGAUACGGUAUAUUAUGUAAGUGAAGAGUACAGCAGUGAAACAAGUGAAGAGGAAGUAGAUGAAGAAACUGAAACACCAGACAAACCAAAGAAGAAACGUUCGCCAAAUGAUGUUUCUAAAAAGAAAACGAGGGAGACAGAGAAACGCCCAAAGAGGAGACCAGAAGACGUGAAGGCUAAGCCAGGCAAGCCUGAUGAAAAGGAACCUACAGGCACUAAAAAGACCGGGAAAAGACCAGGUAAACCAGGAGAUAAAGAACCUGUGGAUGUUAAAGGGAGACCAGCAAGACCAGGUGACAAAGAGCCAGAGGAUAUUAAAAGAAAACCAGGCAGACCAACUGGCAGUAAGCCAGAAGAUACUAAGAGGAGACCAGGUAAACCAUCAGAUAAAGAACCUGUAAAAGGGAAGCUAGGCAGGCCAGCUAAACCUGGUGAACCAGGGGAGGAAGAGCCUGAGAACAUUAAGAGGCGACCAGGUAGGGUGGGUGAAAAGACACCAGAUGACAUUAAGAGGAAACCUGGAAGGCCAGGCGAGAAAAAACCCGAGGACGUACAUAGAAGACCAGGACGGCCAGGUGAAGAAGAACCUGAAGGCAUUAAGAGAAGGCCAGGCAGGCCAGGGGAGGAAGAACCUGAUGGUGUAAAGAGGAGACCAGGCAAGCCCGGAAGGCCAGGAGAGGAAGAGCCUGAUGACGUAGGCAGGAGACCAGGCAAGCCCGGAAGGCCAGGAGAGGAAGAGCCUGAUGAUGUGAGGAGGAGACCAGGCAAGCCUGGAAGGCCAGGAGAGGAAGAGCCUGAUGACGUAGGCAGGAGACCAGGCAAGCCUGGAAGGCCAGGAGAGGAAGAGCCUGAUGACGUAGGCAGGAGACCAGGCAAGCCCGGAAGGCCAGGAGAGGAAGAGCCUGAUGACGUAGGGAGGAGACCAGGCAAGCCCGGAAGGCCAGGAGAGGAAGAGCCUGAUGACGUGGAGGAGACCAGGCAAGCCCGGAAGGCCAGGAGAGGAAGAGCCUGAUGACUAGGCAGGAGACCAGGCAAGCCUGGAAGGCCA